CUAAUCUUCUCUGGAAACACCCAGACACACCCAGGGGCGGGGUUCACUAAUCUCCCAGGAACCUCUUAAUCCAAUCAAGUUGACAAUCAAGAUUUGCCACAGUGCUGUUGCAUAUUUAAUGAAGGGAUUAACCCAACAGGUAUUUAAGGAAUGGGUGGGCCACUCUGGGCUUUCAUAAAUCCUGUGUCUCCAUGAGCAGCUCAGCUGGGCCUCGUGGGAUCCAGGUGACUGCAGCAUGGAUGUAAACUGUCCAUUUGGCCUACUGGAAAAAGAAGCCCGGAGAAGGAGAAUUAUUCUGAACCAGAGUCAAAAGGACACUCUUCGUGCGUGCUUUGAAAAGAAUCCCAAUCCUGAUUUAGCCACCAGGGGACAUCUGGCUAAGGAACUUGGUGUCUCUGAGUCUCAAAUUAUGACUUGGUUUCAAAAGCACAGAAAAAUACAGAAACAAGUCGAGUUUGAAUGUUGCUUUGAAGAAAGCCAAGGCCAGGGACAGGAUAAACUCAAAGUUAAAGAAGCUGGCAGGAGCCGGACACACUUCACGCGAUUUCAGACUGACAUCCUAAUCGAAGCUUUUGAGAAGAAUCGGUUUCCUGGGAUUGUUACCAGGGAAAAACUGGCUCAGCAAACAGGCAUCCCAGAGUCCAGAAUUCAUAUAUGGUUUCAGAACCGCAGAGCUCGGCACCCAGACCCCAGACAGGCCACUCAAGCAAAUGGCCAACCACCCCAGACCAGCCAGUGCCCUGCCCAGAAGACUGCUGAGCAUCUUGUUCCUUCCAAAGCUCUUACUGCUAGCUGUUCAAUUAUGCCGCCUCUUUCUCCUCCCCCCACACCAUCUGCUCCUUUGGAUCUCUCUCGGGGCCGUCAGAAGCAGCUAUCAAGGACCACAGUAGUACAGCCUUUUCACGUUGUACAGCGAAGAGGUGAUGGUCAAAAUUCCUCAGUGUUUACUGGCCACUCAUCAUUGGCAAUAACUCCAGGAGAGGAGGGCUUCCACACCCAGGCUCCUUUGUGGUUCCUACGCCAAGAAAGAUGGCAAGAUCCCAGUGAGAACAGUGCCUUGGCUGUACCACCCUUAGAAGAUUCUACUCAGGCUCUGGCUGUCAAUCAACACUUUCGGGAACUGGAUCAGAAAGACCCUGCCUUUCUGCGACACUGGGACGAAUGGUUCCAAUGCAUGCUUACCGAAUGGAUGCCUGACAAAGAGUACUGGUCUCCUGAUAGAGGGGAGAUGCAUCCACGGCACCCGCGGCAGGUGCAGCCUCAGCAGCCUGCCAAUGUGUCUUCUCAGGCAGACCAAACUCCGAAGCAGUAG